AUGACAACGGAAUGCAAUGGACAUAAACUCGGUCCCGUAAAAUACAAAAGUCCCAUUCAACAAGCCAACAAUGAAACGGAUCAAACGGCAGACACGAAUAAUAUUCCAAACCAAACAACCAUCACAGAACCAGACACCCGAUCCGUUCCAAAUACCAUUAUUGAAAUAUCAAUAAAACUAUCUUCCAAUCCCAAUUCAAUAGAUUUAAAUGACACUUCGCCAGAUUCAUCAUCCGACCAAGGCUACACCGAUUCAUCAGAUAACCAAAACAAUUUUAUUAACGACUCUACAUCAUCGAUUUCAGGCGACCCCACGACAGAAUCCGACCAUGAACACCAUUAA